CAACCUUGGAGCUCCCGGCCAGCAAUGGGGCACCAGCACCAGCUCUUCGACGACCCCUUCGCCAGCAGCAUCUCCACGCUGGAGGCAGAUAUCUUCUCUGGUCCCGGGGGACACCAGCAGUGGCCGGAACUUGACGUCGACCUCGACCUCGACGGGGACUACAGCAUCCCGGCGACGGCCCCGUCGGCGAACAAGGCCGGUACCUCCUCCGGCGGCUCGGGAUCCCACCGUAAGAUCAGCCACAACGCGUACGAGCGCGACCGCCGGAAGCAGAUCAACGGGCUCUACUCCUCCCUCCGCUCCCUCCUCCCUGACACCGAUCACACCAAGAAGCUGAGCGUUCCGAUCACAGUGACGAAGGUGCUCGAGUACAUCCCGGAGCUGCAGAAGCAGGUGGACACUCUGGAGAAGAAGAAAGAGAAGCUGACCCGAGCGAGCUGCAAUCCGGGCGUGCUCACCAUGAAGGAGAACACAGCUCCAAUCGUCUCCGCAACCUGCCUAGACGACAGGGACAUCAUGGUCCAGGUCAGCCUGCUGAGCAACAUGGCCGGAGCUCUGCCAAUGUCCAAGUGCAUCAAAGUGCUUGAGAACGAAGGGCUUCGCCUCAUCAGUUCGUCGACCUCCCCCUUUCAGAGCAGGACGUUAUAUAGCCUCCAUCUCCAGAGAACCCAACAAACAAUGGGAAAGGAUUGUCCGGCAUUCUGUCAUGAACUGGAGAAUGCCAUCAAGAAGAAAGCAGGACUAUAUCUACAGCACUAGUAACGAUGUGUGUUGUUGUAUUUAACUACCACGAAUCACAAUGCAUGCACUAGAUAGUAUUGAUGCAUGCAUGUCAUAAUCUACGAUCUGUUUACGGUCUGUCUACGGUUGGAGGAUACGCGAGGGAUAUUUUUUCACUACAUGGGUGACAGCAUAAUCUACGGAUUGGGCCUCCGUCUUCACCUUAGGCGUUUUACAUUUGCUCAUGUCUGAUAUGUAAUUCUCCUUUUUUAGCACUCCAGACUUUUGAGACUUUUUAAACGGUUGUGUGCAUCUUAGCUAUCU